GCGGGCGCGCGCGCGGCCUGCGGGACAGACGGAGGGAGGGAGCCGGGUUGCCGCUGAGUGCCGCCAUAUUAGCGACCGCGGAGGCCGGGGGAUUCCCGUGAGCUGCGGCGGCGGGGCCUGGCGCAGCGGAGGGGCCUCGAGCGGGCGCGGCGUGUUCCUGGGCCCGGCAGGAACCGGCGGGAACCGACGGGAACCGGCCGGCGACGGGAGCGAGGCAGGCUGCCCUCAGCUGCGGGCCCCGCCCCGCCCGCCUGCCCGCCCCGCCCGCCUGCCUGCCCGCCCGCCUGCCAUGGAUCAGGACUAUGAACGCAGGCUCCUGCGGCAGAUCAUCAUCCAGAAUGAGAACACAGUGCCAUGUGUCUCAGAGAUGCGGAGAACCCUGACACCAGCCAACUCCCCAGUGUCCUCGCCCAGCAAACAUGGUGACCGCUUCAUCCCCUCGCGGGCUGGGGCCAACUGGAGUGUGAACUUCCACAGGAUCAAUGAAAACGAGAAGUCCCCAAGCCAGAACCGGAAGGCCAAGGAUGCCACCUCGGACAAUGGCAAAGACGGCCUGGCCUACUCCGCACUGCUGAAGAACGAGCUGCUGGGCGCAGGCAUUGAGAAGGUGCAGGACCCGCAGACGGAGGAUCGGAGGCUGCAGCCAUCCACGCCCGAGCACAAGGGCCUCUUCACGUAUUCCCUCAGCAGCAAGCGCUCGAGUCCUGACGAUGGCAAUGACGUGUCUCCAUACUCCUUGUCGCCUGUUAGUAACAAGAGUCAGAAGCUGCUGCGGUCGCCACGGAAGCCCACGCGCAAGAUCUCCAAGAUUCCUUUCAAGGUGCUGGAUGCCCCCGAGCUUCAGGAUGACUUCUACCUCAACCUGGUGGACUGGUCCUCCCUCAACGUGCUCAGUGUGGGGUUGGGCACCUGCGUGUACCUGUGGAGCGCGUGCACUAGCCAGGUGACCCGGCUCUGUGACCUCUCUGUGGAAGGGGACUCGGUGACUUCUGUGGGCUGGUCUGAGCGGGGAAACCUGGUUGCAGUGGGCACACACAAGGGCUUCGUGCAGAUCUGGGAUGCGGCCGCUGGCAAGAAGCUGUCGGUGCUGGAGGGCCACACUGCACGCGUUGGGGCACUGGCCUGGAAUGCAGACCAGCUGUCAUCAGGUAGCCGUGACCGGAUGAUCCUGCAGCGCGACAUCCGCACACCACCCCUGCAGUCAGAGCGGCGGCUACAGGGCCACCGGCAGGAGGUGUGUGGCCUCAAGUGGUCCACAGAUCACCAGCUGCUCGCCUCAGGGGGCAAUGACAACAAGCUGCUCGUGUGGAACCACUCAACCGUGAGCCCUGUGCAGCAGUACACGGAGCACCUGGCAGCCGUGAAGGCCAUCGCUUGGUCCCCACACCAGCACGGACUGCUGGCGUCUGGGGGUGGCACAGCUGACCGCUGCAUCCGCUUCUGGAACACGCUGACAGGCCAGCCCUUGCAGUGCAUUGACACUGGCUCACAAGUGUGCAACCUGGCCUGGUCCAAACAUGCCAACGAGCUGGUGAGCACACAUGGCUACUCACAGAACCAGAUCCUCGUGUGGAAGUACCCGUCCCUUACACAGGUGGCCAAGCUCACUGGCCACUCUUAUCGUGUCCUCUACUUGGCCAUGUCCCCUGACGGGGAGGCCAUUGUCACUGGGGCCGGAGACGAGACACUGCGGUUCUGGAACGUUUUCAGCAAAACACGCUCUACAAAGGAAUCCGUGUCUGUGCUCAACCUCUUCACCCGGAUCCGAUAGACCCGCGGGCGGGAAGUGCAGCCCCUUGGGGCAGAGAUAGAGCAGCCAGCAUGCAUGGGCCCUGCUGUCCCCGCAGUCCCCAGGAGGCAUCUGAUGGGCGGGAGCCGGGCCGGAGACCCCAGAGUCUCAUUAAAUGCCUCGUUGUGAGCUGUGGAGCCAGUGUCUGGGACAGGGACACGGGGACCCUCAUCCACCGGCUGCAUCCCCUUCCUGCUGGCCGUCAGCGCUCUCAGAUGGACACUUUUGACCUCCCUGUCACCACUGCCCGAGCCAUAUUGGACACAGCUGAGCAGGAGGCCCGAGACCCCAUCAGAGCCCCAAACCCAGUGUCACCUGGACCUGUGGACCAGAGCCGAUAUGCCCCUCUGCAGCCACCCCAGCCAGAACAUCCUGGGAGGUGCUGGCGGGGCCUGCGCCUCUCGCCCUGACACCCUGAUCGUGCUGCCACUCUGUCUGUGUGUGCACCUCCUGUAACCCAUGUGUGUCACCUCACCCCUCCCAAGCCAGCUGCCUCAUCUGCCAUGUCCACUUCCUCUUGACCUUCUGGAAGCUUCUCAGGCCUCCCUGACCUCAGACCCCCAUCUUUGCUGCUCCUCCCCAGUGUGGUGGCCGUGGUGUGUGCACGUGUGUAUAUAUGUAUUUGUGACGCCUUGGGGUCUGUUGUGUGUUUUGUUGCCUUGUUCUAACACUCAGGCCGGAGAAGCCACCUGGCAUUAGGACACAGGUCACUGUGUGGUCUGCUGCCUGAGGCUGGGAGUGAGGCAGACAUUCUUAGCUGUGCUCCCCAGCAGGGGCUUCAUCCCAAGGCAGCGGGGUGGCUCAGCCUGUCGGGAGUCACCAGAAACAAUAUACCAUGGGACCCUUGUUGCCACAGGAGGCUCCAUAAGCCACCUGCCUGAACAGAACAGCCUUGUCCAUCUGUCAGUCCCAGUACCACACUUGUCAGUGAGGCUGGGCUGGUCCUAUCUCUACCGAGAAGCUGCCGCUGUGGUGGAGGAGGCUCAAAACUGCAAGCAAGCGGGUGUGGUCCAGGCCCCCAUCCACAUACUGGGGAAAAGCCUGCGAGGGUCCUGAGUGGCUAGGGGACUCCAACCCAAGUACCCAGAGGUGGCCUUCUGCAGCCUGGGCAGUGGCCAGUUUGCACAAAGUCCCUGGGGCAGGACAGGUCCAGCAUGUUGCAGAGAGGGAGUUGAUGUUUGUGCUGUGGGAAUGACCCCAGAUGGACCCUGGUGCUACCAGAUACCGGUGCCACCCAAGGGCAGCGAGGUGGCCAUCAAGUACUUUAAGU